AUGGAGGGUGGUGAGAUUUACAGAGCUGGCAACAGUCUCCAAUUAGGCAGUUCUAUGAGAUGGAGGAACAAUGGUGUGGAAGUUUUUUCGAGGUCUUCACGUGAAGAAGACGACGAAGCAGCUCUUAAAUGGGCAGCACUGCAGAAGCUUCCUACUUAUAAUCGUUUGAGAAAAGGUAUACUGACUUCGCCGGCUGGCGAGGCUAAUGAAGUUGAUAUACCAAAUCUUGACUUUCAAGAAAGAAAGGAAUUGAUUGAGAGGUUUCUGAAAGGCGCUGAAGAGGACAAUGAGAGGUUCUUGUUGAAGCUCAAGAAUCGUAUCCAUAGAGUUGGAAUUGAUCUUCCAACAAUUGAAGUUCGAUACGAGCAUCUGAAGGUAGAAGCCGAAGCUUAUGUAGGAAGCAGGGCUUUGCCUACACUCUUUAACUUCAUCGUUAACAUACUCGAGGGCAUCUUGAAUCGUCUCCAUAUUUUUUCAAAUAGGAAGAAAAAUUUGUCUAUCCUCCACAGUGUUAGUGGAAUCAUAAAGCCUCGCAGAAUGACAUUGCUAUUGGGUCCUCCAAGUUCUGGCAAGACCACACUGUUAUUGGCUUUGGCAGGAAAGCUUGAUCCAGAUCUAAAGCUUUCUGGAAGGGUGACUUAUAAUGGCCAUGAAAUGAAUGAAUUUGUACCCCAAAAAACUGCUGCCUACAUCAGUCAACAUGAUCUUCAUGUUGGAGAAAUGACUGUAAGGGAAACCUUGGCCUUUUCUGCAAGAUGCCAAGGGGUUGGAACACGCUAUGAUAUGCUUUCAGAGUUGUGCAGAAGAGAGAAAGCUGCUAAUAUCAAGCCUGAUCCAGACAUUGAUGUCUUCAUGAAGGCCAUAGCAACCGAAGGGCAGGAGGUGAAUGUAGUGACAGAUUACAUUCUAAAGAUUCUUGGACUAGAAGUCUGUGCUGAUACCAUAGUAGGGGAUGAAAUGUUAAGAGGCAUCUCUGGAGGACAAAGAAAGCGUGUUACAACAGGUGAGAUGCUUGUUGGACCAGCAAACGCAUUGUUCAUGGACGAGAUAUCAACUGGUUUGGAUAGCUCGACAACAUUUCAAAUUGUGAAUUCCAUCAAGCAAUACGUUCACAUUCUUAAUGGAACGGUUGUCAUCUCACUCCUCCAGCCAGCACCAGAGACUUAUGAGCUCUUUGAUGAUAUUAUCCUCCUUUCGGAUGGCCAGAUUGUGUACCAGGGAUCUCGUGAACACGUGCUUGAGUUUUUUGAAUCUAUGGGUUUUAAAUGUCCCGAGAGGAAAGGCAUUGCUGACUUCCUACAAGAGGUGACAUCAAGGAAAGAUCAGGAGCAGUAUUGGGCAUGCAAAGAUGAGCCUUAUAGAUUCAUUACAGUCAAGGAAUUUAACGAGGCAUUCCAAUCAUUCCAUGCGGGACAGAAAAUAGGAGAUGAACUGUCAGUUCCAUUUGACAAGAGUAAAAACCACCCAGCAGCCUUGACAACCAAGGAGUAUGGUCUUAAAAAGGGAGAACUGUUGAAAGCUUGCUUUUCAAGAGAAUAUUUGCUAGCAAAGAGGAAUGCCUUUGUCUACAUCUUCAAGCUGAUCCAACUGACAGUUGUGGCUCUGAUUUCCAUGACACUCUUCCUACGAACCAAGAUGCCCCGUGAUUCAGUAAAUGAUGGAGGAGUUUACGCUGGCGCUUUGUUCUUCACCAUGAUCAUGGUUAUGUUUAAUGGGAUGUCAGAGCUUCCCAUGACCAUCAUAAAGCUUCCUGUAUUUUAUAAGCAAAGGGACCUCUUCUUCUACCCUGCAUGGACAUAUGCUCUUCCAACAUGGAUUCUCAAGAUCCCAAUAACAAUUGUAGAAGUAGCACUUUGGGUGUUCACUACCUACUAUGUGAUUGGAUUUGAUCCAAGUAUAGAACGGUUGCUUAGGCAAUAUAUACUGCUGAUACUUGUUAGCCAGAUGGCUUCUGCAUUAUUCCGUUUAAUUGCAGCAGCGUGUAGGAACUUGGUUCUUGCUAACACCUUGGGUUCAUUCGCAUUGCUCAUAAUGUUUACAUUGGGUGGCUUCGUGCUUUCUAGAGAUAAUAUUAGAAAGUGGUGGAAAUGGGGUUACUGGAUUUCGCCUAUGAUGUACGGUCAGAAUGCAGUAGUAGUUAAUGAAUUACUUGGGAAGAAUUGGAGACAUGUACUCCCAAACUCGACAGUGUCUCUAGGAGUUGAAGUUUUAAAGUCUCGUGGGUUCUUUCCACAUGCAUACUGGUAUUGGAUAGGUGUUGGGGCAAUGGCUGGAUUUGUAUUACUAUUCAACAGUUGCUACAUUGUAGCUCUCUCCUACCUAAACCCACUGGGGAAGCCUCAGGCUGUUAGAUCAGAAGAUUCCCAAAGCAAUGAAAAUGAUGGCAGAACCGAGAGAAUGGGCAUAUUACCACGCAAUCAAAAUAGCUCAAGUGAACGUUCCAAGACAGAGAGUAAGGGUCAAAAUAGGACAGAAGUUUCUCUCCAGACUAUUCAUAACACGAAAAGAGGGAUGGUUCUUCCAUUUGAACCCCAUUCCAUCACCUUUGAUGAAAUUAUUUACUCAGUUGACAUGCCACAGGAAAUGAAGAUCCAAGGUGUCAUGCAGGACAAAUUAGUGCUUCUGAAGGGUGUGAGUGGUGCUUUCAGGCCAGGUGUUUUAACAGCUUUGAUGGGAGUAAGUGGUGCUGGUAAAACCACUCUCAUGGAUGUACUGGCGGGUAGGAAAACUGGUGGAUAUAUUGAAGGGGACAUCAAAAUUUCGGGCUACCCAAAGAAGCAAGAAACCUUUGCCCGGAUUUCUGGAUACUGUGAGCAAAAUGACAUCCAUUCCCCUCAUGUAACUGUCCAUGAGUCUUUGAUCUACUCGGCAUGGCUUCGUUUGCCACCGGAAGUCAAGUCCGAAACCAGAAAGAUGUUCAUUGAGGAAGUGAUGGAACUUGUGGAACUCACCUCAUUGAGGCAAGCACUUGUUGGGCUGCCUGGAGUGAAUGGCCUCUCAACUGAGCAGCGCAAAAGGCUAACCAUUGCCGUUGAGCUAGUAGCGAACCCCUCGAUAAUAUUCAUGGAUGAGCCAACUUCAGGGUUGGAUGCAAGAGCUGCUGCAAUUGUCAUGAGAACAGUUAGGAACACAGUGGAUACUGGCAGAACAGUUGUUUGCACCAUCCACCAGCCCAGCAUUGACAUAUUUGAAGGUUUUGAUGAGCUACUCCUACUGAAGCGUGGAGGAGAAGAAAUAUAUGUAGGGCCAUUGGGUCGUCACUCUUUCCAUCUAAUUAAGUAUUUUGAGGGAAUCGAAGGAAUAAGUAAAAUAAAAGAUGGUUAUAAUCCAGCGACUUGGAUGUUGGAAGUUACAACAUCAGCACAGGAAUUAGAUUUGAAGAUUGAUUUUGCCCAAGUUUACAAAACUUCUGAGCUAUACAGGAGAAACAAGCAACUUAUUAAAGACUUCAGCACACCUGCUCCUUCUUCAAAGGACCUCUAUUUCCCUACUCAAUACACGCAAUCGUUUCUGACCCAAACCAUUGCUUGCUUAUGGAAACAACAUUGGUCAUAUUGGCGCAAUCCAUUAUACACAGCUGUAAAAUUUCUCUUCACAAUUGUCAUAGCACUGAUGUUUGGGACGAUUUUCUGGAAACUCGGCUCCAAAACGAAAAGGCAACAAGAUCUGUUCAAUGCAAUGGGAUCUAUGUAUACUGCUGUUCUCUUCCUUGGGGUCCAAAACGCUACAUCUGUGCAGCCUGUAGUUGCUGUUGAAAGAACUGUCUUCUACAGAGAAAAGGCUGCAGGGAUGUAUUCAGCCUUGCCAUAUGCAUUUGCACAGGUUUUGAUUGAGCUUCCAUAUAUUUUAGUACAAGCUGUGGUCUAUGGAGUCAUAACUUAUACGUUGAUCGGAUUUAAGAUGACUCUGGUCAAAUUCUUUUGGUAUCUAUUCUUUAUGUACUUCACAUUGUUGUACUUCACACUUUAUGGCAUGAUGACUGUGGCUGUGACACCAAACCAUCACAUUGCUUCUAUUGUUUCCUCUGCAUUUUAUGGAAUAUGGAACCUCUUUUCAGGAUUCAUUGUCCCACGACCGAGGAUUCCUAUAUGGUGGAGAUGGUAUUACUGGGCAUGUCCUGUGGCUUGGACGUUGUAUGGAUUGGUUGCAUCACAGUUUGGCGAUCUAAACCAUGUGCUCGACAAUGGUGAAACUGUCAAACAAUUUUUGGAUGAUUACUUUGGUUUCAAGCAUGAUUUUGUGGGAGUGGUUGCAGCUGUGCAUGUUGGGAUUACAGUGCUCUUUGGAUUCAUCUUUGCCUUCUCUAUUAGGGCGUUUAAUUUCCAAACUCGAUAGAUGUUUCUUUUUGUUAUUUGUAAAUGACAAAUUUAGACUGCUAAAACAAGAAACCUAUCGAGUCAUUGUAAUUCCUUGUCGAACAAGAACUUAGCAAGUCAUUGUAGGAACUAAGUACCAUGCUCAAUGGUUUAAGGUUUCUUAAUUUUCAGCAACCCCUGAAAUAUAGAAAACUUAUGCAGAAAUCAGGCCAAACCAAGAAAAGCAAAACCUAGUCAUCUAUUUGGACCAGCAAUGGCAACCAAUGUCUCAGUACACAAAGCAUGCUUUGGUAAGUACUUGUAAGGGUUAGGAUUUUUGCACUGAGUUUUGCAGCUUUGCUUAAGCCAUAUGUAUAAAUGUGAAAUUUGAUUGGUAUGCCAAAUAUUGGAUAAUUAUGUCUCAAA